AUGUCAGAUCCUGCCGCCGAUGGCACAGCCAACGCUGGAGCCGGGGUCUCUGCCAGACCCCCAUCGCAGAUGACGGCUACGGCUACUCAACCACAGCAGCAGCAACAAACGCCAUCACAGACGCCGCAGACCCAACAGGAAGUGGACAGGAUCGUGCUGAACUACCUCAACCAAAAGGGCUACAAGCAGGCAGAAACAGCGCUCAAGCGCGAGGCGAACUUAAUGACCCUCGAGGAACUCGAGGCUUCAUUCGCGUCAGCGGAGAAGGAUGCAGCUGCGUCAAAGAAGCAUGACAAGGAUGAAUUGGCCAGCCCUGAUGCAUACGAAUUGGCCUACUCAUCCCUGCGGAGAUGGGUCGAGAACUCGCUGGACUUGUACAAGCCAGAGCUCAUAUCGAUAUUGUUUCCAUUAUUCGUGCACAGCUACUUGAACCUUGUUAGCAGAGGAUUCAAGGAUCAAGCCAAGGCAUUCAUGGAGGCCUUUCGAUCCGAUCACUUGGAGAUGCAUUCGCAGGACAUUGCCCGACUGGCGACCAUUACGGAUACGCAGCACGUUCAGGAAAACGAGUUGGCACAAAUUUACAGAACCAACAAAUAUCAUCUCCGCAUGGCGCCAGUCUCGUUUGGGCUCCUCAUCGCAUUUUUGGAAGACAACAAGUUCAUCGUCCUGCUUAGGAUCGUGAAUCAGCAUCUGGAUAUCCAAGUCGGAGCCGCAAACGCAAACGAGGACGAAGUCAUUGGUCUUGCAGGACAUGGAACACACCAACUAUCAGCAUUUAACCAGCAAAGUGUUACUUUGGGACAAAUGCCUCCGGAUGCCGUCUUUCGGGAACAGGUCGAACAAACUUUGAAGGAAGAGGAAGCACAGCAAGCGGGAGGUGAUGCGACUAUGAACGGCGAUACUCCAGCAUCACUAAUGGAGGAAUACAAGAAAGUGAAAACAGAGGCGGGAGUUGACUCUCCAUCGCGGGACGAUGUACCAUUACCACCAUUCAAGGGCAGCGAUAUCCAGGCAGAAAUUGAAGCGCUUCGGGACUCUCGAAAGCGUGUUGCAUUGGGUCCAUCCAGCCUGCCCUCAAUAUGCGCUUAUACAUUUCACAAUGCACAUGAGAACAUCAAUUGUGUAGCGGUUUCGGAGGAUGCGACACUAAUGGCAGCAGGGUUCUCAGAAUCUUACGUCAGGCUCUGGAGUUUGAAUGGCGAAAAACUGCGAGGAUUCAGGAGUAAUUUCAAUCCAGCGCACAUCAAUGACUUUAAUGAUCUGAACAGAGUGCGAGAAAAGAAUGGGUCUGAAUCCAAAAAACUUAUCGGACAUGCAGGACCAGUCUUUGGAGCCAGCUUUAGCCCAGACAACAAAUACCUUAUCACUUGCUCAGAGGAUAAGACGGCUCGUCUGUGGAGCACCAACACUCUGACGAAUCUGGUCUGCUAUAAGGGACACAACUACCCGGUCUGGGACGUUGAUUUCGGACCUCAAGGCUUCUAUUUUGCCACGGCUUCACACGACCGAACAGCAAGGCUCUGGAGCUGCGAUCAUAUCUACCCCCUGCGAAUCUUUGCUGGACACUUGUCGGAUGUUGAUACUGUCAAAUUCCAUCCAAACUCAAAGUACGUCGUAACAGGAUCAAGCGAUAAGACUGCCAGACUUUGGGAUAUUCAGAGAGGAACAUGUGUACGUGUAUUCACUGGUCACGCUGGCGCUGUUCAGGCAAUUGCAAUGUCCCCAGAUGGUCGUAUGAUGGCUUCAGCAGGAGAUGAUCGCUCAAUUCAGCUGUGGGACCUUGGCUCGGGCAAACGCAUGAAAAAGAUGACCGGUCAUCAGGGCGUUAUCUAUUCAUUGGACUUCAGUCAGGAUGGCAGCAUCUUAGUUUCUGGAAGUGCUGACUGCACUGUCAGAGCAUGGGAUGUAAAGAAGGAAGCGUCGCCUGGCCAAGGAUCUUCGCACCGUAUCUUGCAGGAUGGCCGGGAUGGACAGGGCAUGAAUGGCGCGUCUAGCGGGGCCGUUGUCUCCUCUCCUACGGUUUCGCAGAGCCAUUCCUCUGCGCUCGAUAGGCUGAAUAAGAAGAAUACAGUGGUCGCACCAAUGGAAUCGGAGGACCACCUGGCGACAUUCCCCACCAAGCGCACACCGAUCUACAAGGUGCAGUUCACGAAGCGGAACCUGUGUUUGGCUGUCGGUGCCUUCUCUAGCAAUUAG